GGGCGGCGGCAGCGCGGGGCCGGGUGGGGCGGGCGCCGUGUGCCCGCGGUGCUCUGGUGAUCCGGUGGCAGCGGCGUCGCCCCGGCCGCCGUCCCCGCCGCAGCCUGAGAGGCGCUGAGGAGAACGGGAGGUUUUUGGAAGAGGCGCGGAAAGGAGCCCGGGCUGACCGCCGGCCCCGCCCGCAGGCUCACGCCAUGCUGAAGGCGCUUCCCCGUCCCUGAGGAGAGGCGAAGGGGCGGCCGGGGACGGCGGCGGCGCGGUUGCUAAGUUUGAGCGACAGGAGGCAAACAUGGCCCAAGUGCCCGCUGAUACGAGUAGUGCGGAAACUGCUGACCCAGAGGAGAGUUCUCCAAAUAUGAUAGUCUACAGAAAGAUUGAAGACAUCAUUACAAGAAUGCAGGAUGACAAAACAGGUGGAGUUCCCAUCCGCACUGUCAAGAGCUUUCUGUCCAAAAUCCCCAGUGUCGUCACUGGUUCUGAUAUUGUGCAGUGGCUUAUGAGGAACCUCAGCAUUGAGGAUACAGGGGAAGCAAUACACUUGGGAAGUCUCAUUGCUGCACAAGGUUAUGUCUUUCCGAUCUCAGACCAUGUCCUUACCCUGAAAGAUGAUGGGACGUUCUAUCGUUUUCAGGCACCAUACUUUUGGCCCUCAAAUUGCUGGGAACCAGAAAACACAGAUUAUGCCAUCUAUCUUUGCAAACGGACCAUGCAGAACAAAGCUAGGCUGGAGCUGGCGGAUUAUGAAGCCGAAAACUUAGCAAGACUUCAGAGAGCAUUUGCAAGAAAGUGGGAAUUCAUCUUCAUGCAAGCAGAGGCCCAAGUGAAAAUCGACAGGAAAAAGGAUAAAACAGAAAGAAAGAUUUUGGACAGCCAGGAAAGAGCAUUCUGGGAUGUGCACAGGCCUGUGCCAGGUUGUGUGAACACCACAGAAAUGGACAUUAGAAAGUGUCGCCGUAUGAAAAAUCCACAAAAAGUGAAAAAGUCGGUAUAUGGGGUUACAGAGGAGUCUCAGCCCCAAAGCCCUGUACACUUGCCAUCCCAGCCGGUACGCAAAACUACAAAGGAGGACUUCCGGAAGCAAAUAACUUUUCUGAACAUGCAGAUAGAGAGACACUGUUUAAAGAUGUCCAAAGUAGCAGAAAGUUUAAUAGCCUACACAGAGCAGUAUGUGGAAUAUGACCCUUUUAUAACUCCUGCUGAGCCUUCCAAUCCCUGGAUAAGUGAUGAUGUAGCAUUGUGGGACAUUGAAAUGAGCAAAGAACCUAGUCAGCAGCGUGUGAAAAGAUGGGGUUUCUCCAUGGAUGAGGUGCUGAAGGAUCCAGUAGGACGAGACCAGUUCCUUCGUUUCCUGGAAUCAGAAUUCAGCUCAGAAAACCUGAGGUUUUGGUUGGCUGUCCAAGAUCUCAAGAAACAACCUCUACAGGAUGUAACCACCAGAGUAGAAGAAAUCUGGCAAGAGUUUCUAGCUCCUGGGGCCCAAAGUGCUAUCAACCUGGAUUCCCACAGCUAUGAGAAAACAAGCCAAAAUGUCAAAGACCCAGGAAGAUAUACAUAUGAAGAUGCACAGGAGCACAUUUACAAGCUGAUGAAGAGUGACAGCUAUGCGCGCUUCCUCCGUUCCAGUGCUUACCAGGACUUACUGCUGGCGAAGAAGAAGGGAAAGUCUCUGGCGAGCAAGCGCCUCACGGGCCUGAUGCAGUCCUCCUGACAUCUUCUUCAGCCAACCGCCCCAUGGGAGAGACAUCUGGGACCGCUGCUGGGGACCGGGCAUUUCAGGGAGAGCAGUCCCCUGCAGGGGAGAGAGCCUGAGCGACUGGAAGUGGAGAGCCACACGCCAGGGGAGCACCUCUCUUCAUAGUUUACACCUACACUUUCCUGCCUGCACAGCUCCGUAAGGACGCCGAGCUCUGUCCAGGUACUUUGUUUCCAACUGAGGUUUGGAGGAGCACACUUCACUAUACACAGGAGGUCGACAAGGCAAGGGCUUGUUGUCUCAUUAUUUAAGGAAACAGACCCAACCACAACUAGGAGAAAGAAGAGUUGAGAGAUACCAGUAUUUUUAUGCAUCUCCUCUCUCCCUGGCACAAACAUGACUGUAAUAGAUGGCUCCACAAUCUCACUUGCUCCCUUUCUUGUGGCCGUCUGGAUCCAAUAAAAUAUCUGCUGGAAGCUGCUUCUCCUGCUCACAAAAUCUCAAAUGCAUUUCUCCUGCAGGUCCAUUGACUUUAACUUUGUUUUUCUUUCCUAUGUUUCUCCUCCUUUAAAGCAAUGAAAAAAAAAAGGCAUUAUUUAAGUUCAUCACUCAUUUCUAUCCAAUAGCAUGUAGCAUGUCCAGAGAUGAUGGCCAGAUCCUCAGCUGAAGUCAGGAGAGCAGGAGUGGUUUUCGUCACCUAAGGAUCUGGUCCAUUAAGUCAGACUUUGAUACUGGUACAAAUCCUCUGAUGUCAGCGGAAUCACUCUGCAUGUGUGCAUAGUGCAAAUGUGAUCAGACUCUGCCUGAUGCUCAAAAAGUCAUGUUUUAGAUGUGCAAUGCACACACAAGUACACACAAACAUACACACACGUGCGGUAUUUUAAAGUGAGUUGUUUUAUAUUUUACUUAAUUUUCUAUUUAUUUAAGGUUAUGCAUAUUUAAUCAAUGAUAGAUGUUCAAGCUUUACUCCAAGCAGAUCAAACUGGACUCCAGCUCCAAUCACAGAGGGCCAAAAUCUGCUCACAAGUAUACAUGGAAAGGCAUCUCUGAUGUGGGCAGAUGUCAAAAUUCAGUCUACAAUGAGGAGGGAAUUGAUGAAGAUUGGACCAGCAGAGGGAGGGUGUUAAUGGGCAGGGCACUGGGUGCCAGGUGACCCUUCCUAAACAGCAGCACACCCAGCUGUGAUAUCAUGCUCAGAUAACUGACCCUGCUGAGAAGCAUCAUUCUGAGUAUGAAAAGAGCUUCCACUAAAACUCAUCUGACCUACAACCCAUCAGUGCAACAGCAAGAGAUGACCCAGUAGCUUUUUUCAAAUUGUUGGGAGUAUAGAGGUUAGGAUGAGGACAGAACUGAAGUGACUUUAAUAAAAAACCCACUUAUACUAGCUACAGAUAGGAAAAUGGCCUGCAUUCACAUACCGUUUAUUGUCUAUAUAUGAAAAUUUCAAGACUUAGUGCCACAAAAUCUCCUGUAUUUUGCAAGCAGUUCAGAUGUAAAGCAUAUGUAUAACAAGAUGUUUCUUGGUCUUCUUCUCUCAUGCCAAGGCAAAUUGGCUUUUUGUACAGGUGGUAGAAAUUGCUACAUGGCUACAAGUCUGCAUUCCUACCUAGGCAAACCCAUCUAGCUAAGUAGACAGCUGGCUAUUGACAACAUUCUUCUGAGGCAAGUAUUAUUCUAAUAUCUAAGGCCUAUGUAUGCACAAAAACAUGCCAGCAUAGCUUCUCUCAGAAGAAGGACCUUCCCUCUUUACCUAUGAAAGUUCUCAUUCUGAUACCUCUUUUUUUUUCCCCAGAAAACUUCUAUUAUCAAUUAUACCUAAGAUCCAUACACCUGCAUGAAGGUACAGUAGAAUAUUGAGUAUGAUGUUUGUUCUUUACACAUGCCUAUACCUUAAAAGCCUGCUGUCUGAGGCCUUCAGUCCAAAUUCAUCUUACACAUCCUACAUACGUGACGUGUGAGUUCCAGGGGAUCUCUGCUAUGCUGAUAGAGUUCUUGACACUGGAGAGGUCGUCUCCUGGGGGAAGGAUGGGGUAGCUCUGUGGAGGUACUCCUCAGUUUCCUGCAGCUUGGGGACACAUGUGGACAGGACUGGAGGAUGCUGGCAGGUGAUGGGACAGGUGGAAAUUGAGUUAUGGUCCAUGCACAGGGAGCAGGAGUGCCAGAAUUUAACUUGGAGAUGUACUGCUGCCCUGUGAGCAAAGCACCCUGCUCUGUCUCUUGGCUUCAUUCCUGCAGGAUGGUCAUGUUGGCUGCCACAGUAUUUUGCCUAUGGGGAAUAUUCUGUAUUUGAACAGUUGAGUGCAAGGAGGGAAUUCUUAGAGACGCGGAGAGCAUGCAUAUGGGUGUGCAUCAGGGGGCCUGGAUGCUGAACAGCUUGCCAUCUAAAUGCACACUCGUGCAAGCUAAUCUGCUCAGUAAUGGCUAGCUGAGCGGACAGAGCUGCAUAUUCCCUAGAGGGAAGAAAGCUCUGCUCCUCAUUUCCUGACUAAAUUUCUCCAAAAUAAACAUGCAAGUAGACAAGACCUUCUCCUGGGAACACAUAUGAACUGUUCUUUUACGUCACAUAUGGUGAUACUAACAUGUAACUACUUCCACAUGAACCGCAUCCUUGAAUUACUGCUUUUUAAUGACAUUGCUUAUUCCAAGUGAUCCUAGUCUUGUACAUCCAACAGUAUCCCACUGAGCAUUGCAAGCAGUAAUCUGCUGCUUAGUAAGUGUCCCAUGUCUUCCAGCUACCUCAUCGGGUUGAAGAUGAGUUAGGAAAUCAGCUUUCCACCUCUGUUUAUGUUCUAAAUGGCACUGUUUCAAGGAAAGACAGUCUGGAAAGCUUUUACAAUGUCCAUGCAGUGCAAGAGAGUUACAAAGCUUCCCAUACUUACAGGACUAUGGCUGUGAAAUAUGGCUGUACACUGUUAUUUGGAUAAUAGAGUAUCCAGAGUAUUUGUGGCUAUUGUGGCAAAACCCAGGACAAGCGCUAGGGAGGUUUGACAAGCCUGUGCAGACAGUGUUAGGCUAAAGCAAAUGGAUUAAUGUACUCUCAGUAUAACUCAGCACUAAGAUCCCAUAGAGUACUAUAAUAAAAUGGUAGCAGGGCAGCCAUAAAAAGUGACAGUAAGCUGACAUAAUAAUACCAGAAUAAAUGUAGCAAUAAGGUAACACAGGCCGCUGCAGUAAAGUAGCAUUUUGAUAAUGCAGCAAUAAGACACAACAGGAUGCUGCAGUAAAUUAGUUUGGGGAAUAAGGCAGUAAUAACUGUGUGUGGACAAACAGUGGUACAUUCUACCAGGUACUGCAGCAAUAAAGAUAACACAUGAUGUCCUAGUAAUAAGUUACUACAGUAACAACAACAUGAUGGACUGUAAAGUUAUAUCAGGAUGCUUCCAUGCUGCAGUCAAAUCCUGCAAGAGGUGGUAGAGAGACAAUGAAGACAAAAUAUACCCCAUUUUGGACUGCAAAACUUGAAUCAGUUUUCUGCACAAUUAUCUCAGCAAUACCAAUCCUCUCAUUUCCCACUUUCAAGGAAGCUGAGGCAAGAGUGUUCCCCCAUCCAGACUAUUAUUUUGAUCUGAAAAUACAAAAUUGACUCAUUGUCUCUUCAGCCAAAUUGUCACAGACUAUGGUGAAGUUCUUUGUUUAGUCCUACUCAUGUGAAACCCUGGUGGUUUUGGUAAGUCCUUUGCCUUGGAAAGGAUUUGGCUCUCUCAUCUUCUGGCAUGGGUGAUGCUUUUAGCCUAAAAUUAUUUCUGUUUUGGGUGGGGGAAGGGGAACCCAGGGACAGAACAUCUGACUGUACUAGUCUGUUUCCUGAAAUGCACAAAUAAAUUGAGCAUCCUGGAAAAGUCUAA